AUGGAAGUCAGUACAAUUGAUCAUCUUACCAACAAUCUGCAAGUAACAAAUCUUUCUGAUCAGAAUCUUGAACAACUAAAUGAGCUCCAUACAAGACUACGAGAUGAACCAAAGUUACUUCAAAGCACUAUUCGAGAACAACUAGCGUGUGAUAUGAUUGAAGAAGUUACCCCAGAGAUGGAUCAAGAAGACACGAAUGAAACGGAAAUGCCCGAAGAAGAUGAGAACGAAGGAAGCACGAAAGAUGAACAGGAUAUGAAAAUGUCAGAAAAAAUCACGACGCUAGAUGAUGGAUCAAUAUCAUUCCACAACAAGAAAUCACGUCCCAGGUCCGGAAUGUCUGCAAAUAGGCCGAAGGUACUAUUACGGACACCAAUAAGACAACAUCGGCGGUUUAAUUGCCCAAGUUUGAAGUGUGAAAAAUUAUCCACAACAACAAUGAAAGUUUACUUAUCCAAGCUGAAUAUUAAACGAUGUGAAUUACGAAAAAUGACGAGGAAAUUUAACGGGUAG